ACGGCACCUGUCUGCCCCGGACGAUAUAAAGUCGAAGUCUCGCUAGUUAGAAAUUAAAAGCGGACAACACACCACUGACACCCAGCCAAACUACUACGAUCCAUUCGGAUAAAGAAGGGAGCUCAAAAACUGGAAAAUGGAUCCUUGUGAAUGCUCCAAAACUGGAACUUGCAACUGCGGUGGAUCCUGCAAGUGCUCCAACUGCGCAUGCACCAGUUGUAAGAAAGCAAGUUGCUGCGACUGCUGUCCCUCCGGCUGCAGCAAGUGUGCCUCAGGCUGCGUGUGCAAGGGCAAGACUUGUGAUACCAGCUGUUGUCAGUGAGGCCUGUGUAUGACAUCACAAUGCAGUUAAUUCCCUAUGACUAUGAAGUUGUACCAUCUUGAGCAUAGCUUUUGUACUUUGUAAAAUGUAAGGAAAUAAAUUGCAUGUAACUUA